GAUUUCAUGAACUGUGCUCGCCCCUUUCUAUUAUUAGUUAUUUCUCUAGUUAUGUAUUCAAGUAGGCCCCUAGGGAUAUUUUAUCCUACUCCAUGUAUUCUCUGGAUACCUACCUAGGUAGGCACGCAUACGAACACAUCGCUCAUAUUCGCUUUCGCUAUACUCGACUCCAAUAAGCUUCAUGGCACGUUUGUCGACUUCUCCGGCGGACCAUGCUGCUCUAGAAACACCUUCCGAGCAGAAACGGCAUGUUCUCCGGAACCUCGGCCCAUUAAUCUUGACACAAUGGACCGGAACCUGUCGAGAAGUAUGGUCUGAUCUGGGUUCUAUUCAAUGGGCACGCGCAGGGCUCUGGUCACUUUUUAUCCUAUGGACUCUGAUCGUUUGGGGCUUCUUUAUCUUCGUUACUAUGUAUAACACGGUUGACUUUGCCGGAUAUGAACCAGGGUGCAAAACAGACGGUUCAUUCGUGAUAUACUCAUCCGAUUAUAGCUCAUGGCAGCUAUCGCAUUUCUUCAGUAUAGGGAUAGGAUUUGGGAAUUUCACUUUUGCGGAGGCGAAGAUUAUUGACAUAUCAUGGGAUAUAAUAAUCGGUCGCGGAGGCCAGGCACUUAUGGCAUUCGUAUCUUGGCGAGCGUUCGCGGACUAUGUUACGACCUCUAUGGAAUUUGCACCAGUGACUUUCACCGUUUUUUCCUUCGUAUUCCUACAAGACGAGCCGUCCUUCUUUUCAACAAUCGGCAUGAUCCGAGCUUUUAUCUUCAACCGGGGUCUCAAAUCCAAAAUAUCUAUGGUCUUCAUAAUCCUAACCAUGCUGUUCAUCAUGGCAUGGCCAACCAUUGCUGGUGCGAUGACUGGAUAUACAAUUACCAACGAUGCGUUUGUUCCGGAUAUUAGCAACAACUAUAUUUCACUCCUGUCGUUUCUGCCGGUUACAUACAUCAUUUACGAUGGAGAGAGAGUUAAUCUCACCAAUAACAUUUAUGUGAAUUCUUACUCUGACGGCUCGGGAUGGGUUAACUAUACUGGCGGAACUAUUCAGAAUUGCAUUAAUUUACGUCUUGGCACGAACAUUAGUACAUGGUCGAUAUCUGAUACCUGGGUGACGCCCAGUCUAUCUACAUAUUUAGCUUCGUACGGAUUCAACGCCCAAAAAAACAUAUCAUCUAUCUGGAUGAACACAACAAUUCCGGGCCCAACGCUAAAUAUUACGGCCUGUUCUUUGCCCAAUAUGGACUCUUAUUACACAUUUUCAUUCUCAAAUAAGAUGUACACUCAUUCUGACAAUAUCUUAUAUAGCCGUGACUACAUGAGGGCACGUGGUCAAUGCCAACCUGUCAAUGAUAGGUUUCGAUGGGGAUUUUCAUCUAUACAAUUAUUUAUCGCACUGGGAUUGCUGUCCAUCGAGACAAUCGGAAUCUUCGCUCUAUGGCUCAAGGCUCGGUUUCAACUACCCCUCCAAGGAGAAGUAGGGGUAUGCAAAGGCUGGAAAGCGGUAUUGAUUAUGGCCGAAAAGAUGGGCAAGGAGCUGCGAGAUGCCGGCAUCGACGCCCGCUCUUUGACGGACCAGCAGCUCAAAGAUAAAGUGAGGAAACAGCUCAACGGCGGUUCGAUCUCGUUUGACGCUCGACUCACGAGGAGCGGGUAUAGCUUCCGCCGUGGCACGUGGCUAUGGAUGAAAAGAGAAUUGGCGGCCUUCUUGAUAUUGCUCUCCUUGAUGAUCCUUUUUGGAAUCUUCCUGUUCGCGGAACUGUCGGGCCAUUCAAAUAAUUUACUUUGGUUUGUUUGUUUUUUCUUUCCUAUCUCCAUUUUCGGGGUCAUUUUCGCCGUCAGCUGUGGGAGUACAACAAGAAGCAGGGUCUUUAUGAUGUUAUUUUGGGCAACAUGUGGACUUGUUAUUAGUUAGGGGCCUACUUUGUAGGAUUCCCAUUACCAAAGCCACUUGGGCUACAGCUAACCUAGGUACCUUGUAGGUAUCUAUAAG